AUGAAAACAAGCAGGAGGUUGGGAAAUGGGAAACCGAGAAGAGGGGGGCGUACUUCUAAAACCCAUAAAUUCAAAUCAGCAUCACCGACCCCUCGAGAUCAAGAUCUACUGCACCAUUCAAGAAGUAUUUUUGCUCGAGAUAACAAACUAUCGUCAUUGUUUUCAUCGCAAACUGAAAGCACCCCUGAUCCAAGCACGCGGAGGAAUAACCAACUUCCUGAUGCAGAUGAAGAUGAACGGCUUUUUGAGCGAGAUAGUUCGCCACCUCUUGACAUCAGAAGGAAAAGGAGACUGAUAACACCACCAAGUCAAUUUCAAGACCGUUUAGCAAAUGAUUUGAGGGACUCGCCGCCUGGUGACCUAUCUAAUGACUUUUUCAACAUCCUGAAACCAAAAAACACUUCAAAAAUAAGGAAGCUGCUGAAGAACUCCCAAUCACACAAAACGUCGCGAGAGAGAUUAAAGAGUCAGCUAAAAUCGCCAUUAAAAGGACACAAUGAGGUGUUGACUGAUAGGAAUGUACAUAGGGAACCCAGUCAGAGUGCUAGGAGGAUGUCAUACAAUAGUCGAGGGAGAAGAGUGAGCUCGAUAGGUAAUGGUUUUGAAGGAGAACCGCACCAUGAUGUUCCAGUUUCAGAAUACUAUAAACAUCUUGACAAAUCAAUUUCCGCAUCUGAUAGAAUGCGACAGCUCUUGAUUUGGAAUUUAAAAGCUGAGCUAGAUAAAGAGGAAAAUCAUUUGAGGAGCAGACAGGACCAAAUGUCGACUGAAAAGCAUACAGUCAAUAAUAUUGCCAAAACCAUCAAUGAUGAAUUGAUUCAGCUGUUGAAGGAUUAUGCAAUAUCAACAGAUUGGAAUGAAGGUAGCCUGCACAAGACUGAUUCAGUUCUUUUGCCAAAUCCUAAAAAUAAGACAAAUUUGGAGAAUAUUAAAAAGUAUUCUUCGGAAUUAAAUGCACUAAAGAGGGAGAAGCAAGAAUGGGAAUUGGUGUAUCAGCGUUUAACGUCUCUCAUAGACACUGUAGCUAGCCCGAAAGAGACAGACGCUUUUGCUGCCAAUUUCGAGAAUCCGAAUAUUCAGAGUGAAUUUUCUUUAGAUCCUAACUUUGUCAAUGUUGAACGAAAUUAUCUAGACAUUCACGAAAACUUGACAAAAGUGGAAACAGAUAUUGACCUGCUAUAUUUUUCGGCCCGUCAAAUGGAGCAAUUAACUGAAAACAUCGACAGCAAGGGUAAAGAGAAAUUGAGGAAAGACAUUUCCAGUUUGUUGACAAUUUCGUUACCCAAGUCUCAGCCAAACCAAAAACCGUCAGACUCCAAGGACAUUCUACGAGCUAUUUGCCUCCGUGCGAAUACAAAGAGAUAA